UUGUAUUCUGUGACUAAUCAGUUUUUGUGAGUUGGAUAUUACUGUUAGUAGCCAUAAACCAACGUGGGUGAUAUGUAAUAAUUCCGUGAUGACGAUGCCAUUCAGUUUCUCUGGUCAUGUUCGCACUUUCGGCUGUGGGGUAAUCGUAGUGUGGGGGUCAGUCCAAAAGAAUUGGUGGCUAAUGGUGUUCACUAACUGCUUUCCUUCUAGUUCUAGUCUGUCACGGCAAAAUUAGGAACUGCCAGCGCAGAUAGCCCUAGAGUAGCUUUGUGUGAAUUUCAACAAACAAAUAUUUCAGUGCACAUAGCUAUUAUAUUAAAACUUGCAAGAAGCCGAUAGCCAAUAUUGUGGAAACUUUAUUCAUAAUGUGUAAAUGAAAUCAGAUUUAAUUAUUUGCAAGUUUUGUGUUAGUAGUUAUUAACUAAUGUCGAUACUACAUAAACACAUAAGGAAGAUGCUGUUCAGUUCUCCGUUUUAAUCAGUUUUCUAUGGAGUCUUGCACACACUUAAAACAACUUUAUAAAAUAUAAUUUAUUAUUUUUAAUACUUCAUUAUUUCCUCUCACAACUUAAAACUGGUUCUUCAUGUAAAACCUAACUGCCCUGACAUCAUAUGAGUUGUAUUGUAGUGAUAGGCUGAUAGUAAUCAUAGUAUUGUUCAGAUUUGGAAGUUUUGAGAAUACAGUUUGUGUUAGAAUGAAUUUGGUUCUUAAUAGAUGCAUUUGUGAAAUUAAAUAAAAAUUUACAAGCAUAUUAUUUCGUUUUUGUUGAUUGUUAUGUGUGAUGAUGUUAAACAUUAAGAUGAAUGUAUCUUCAGUGGUACAGAAAAAUUCAUUCAAAACUGAGCAAGUUCUACCAUGCUCUAGUUCAAGUAAGCACCGCAAGUUUCCUUCAACAAAAGUGAAAUACAAAAAUGAGGUGAUAAAUCAGAUAGACCAGUUAAUUUGCCAGCAAACUUCAUCAGUAUCAGCAUUAAGGUUGUCGGCCCUAUUCAGCCAGUCAACUACCUAUUGUACAAUGAAAUCAACAGUAAAUUUCUUGACCCACAAUGAGUCCAGGCAGGUUGAACAACUUUUAAAAGAUGAUGACAACUUCACAAUUAACAGGAGGAUAUAAAGGAAGAUUAAGGACAUUUGUAUUCAAAAUAAAUGCAUUAUUUGAAAUGAAAUUUAUGUAAACUAAAAUUUGACUUUUGUUAUUGCUGUUGUCUAAAUGACUUGGAACAUUCCUGUCUAGUUUGUUUUCAAAUUGUAUUUUAUUGAUGAUAUUCAUGAUUGUUCAAAUAAAUUCAAAGCACAGACAA